AUGUCUUUAAGUUUACAUACAAAUUAUGGUGAUAUAAAAAUAGAGCUGUUUUGUUAUGAGGUUCCAAAAACUUGCAAAAACUUUUUAGCAUUAUGCGCUUCUGGAUAUUACGAUAACACAAAAUUUCAUAGAAAUAUAAAAGGUUUUGCUAUACAAGGGGGAGAUCCAACAAAUACAGGAAAAGGAGGAGAAAGUAUAUACGGAAAGUAUUUUGAAGACGAAUUUGAUUCAACAUUAAAACAUGAUAAAAGAGGAAUUGUAUCAAUGGCAAAUAAAGGAAAACCAAAUACAAAUGGGUCUCAAUUUUUUAUAACUUAUUCUAGACAACCACAUCUAAAUGGUGUUUAUCCUGUUUUUGGAAAGGUUAUAGAUGGUAUGGAUGUUUUGUCUGUUCUUGAAAACGAGCCAGUUGGUGAAAAAAAUAGACCCAUAAAAGAUAUUGUAAUAGAGUCUGUAACAAUUCAUGCAAAUCCAAUUGCUGAAGAUGAAGCUAUUUCAAAUUGA